CAAUGAUGUAGCAGCAUGUUAGCCGGAUUCAAGAUUGGGGCACUGAUCCUGUUGCUGCUGCUGGCAGGCAUCAUCAGCUGUGCGCUGAGCAACGAGGAUCAAUUUCAGCGUGUCUUUCAAACGGCGGACACAGUACGUCAGAGUAAGUCGCAAGCGAUGCGACGCCAAAUGAAUGUGGAUGCAGAUCCGUGUAAUGAUUUCUAUGAGUUUGCCUGCGGCAAUUGGAACACGGAGGAGACGCCACAAUCAAAGCGAGUACAACGCAUAGAUAACGAUUUGCAGCGACUCCUGAAGGAGACGGCACAACGCAAGGAUAGUGCGUUGGCGCGACAGGCCAAGGAUUUCUAUCAGUCCUGUGUGGCUGCACCGGCUCAGAGCAGCCAAAAGAGCCAACAACAGCAAUUGUUUCUCAGCGAGUUCAUUCAACAGAAUGGCGGCUUUCCGGCCGUACCCGGCUCCAAUUGGCGUGUCUAUCGCCAGGACUAUGAAUGGCCGCGAAUAACGGGCGUAUUGCGACGCAAUUAUGCCAUGGACAUUCUGAUUGGAUUGCGGAUUAGCUACAACUAUGCCAGUGUGCAAGAGAACAGCAUCUAUCUGACCGAACCGAGCACUCUGCUGCCCAACGAGCUGUGCAGCAAUCACAGUCUGCAACGCAAUGAUUCCGCCUUCCGCGCCGUCGAAGAACGGGUGGCGACACAGCUAAGGAUCUGGCUGGCGAUGGGCAAUGUGGAGUCCACGCGUCUCGCCACAACCAUAAUUAGUUUCGAGCAUGAGCUAUGCGGUGGCAUGCACGAUUGGGUGCCAUGGAAUUCGGAUGAUCGGCUCUACAAUGCGAAUUAUACGCGCAAGAAUCUAAACGAAUUGGGACAGAUUUACGGUUUGGAUCUGGAGGCUUAUGUGAGCAGCAGCCUGGGUCAGUCUGUGUACUCGCCGGUGUAUAUGACUGCACCGGACUACUAUCGUCAGCUGCAGCGCACCCUGCAGGCACACAAUGCCAGCCAGAUAGCCAACUAUGUGAUGUAUCGAGCCGUAGCUGAACUCACCUUUCCCCUGGAUGACAAUAAAUCGACAACACGUCGUUCAUCCUAUUGCCUGGGCAGGGUGAAGAGUCUUUUGCCAGCGGCAUUGGGGGAACUGUUUGCAGGUCAGUUUGCCAGUGAAGAAUCGCGAGAACAGCUCGUGCAACUCUUUGCCCAGUUAAAGGAUGCACUGCAUCGCAGUCUGAGCGCCGAUUGGCUGGAAGAUGCAAGUCGACGUACUGCUCAGGCCAAACUCAGCCAGCUGGAAAUCGGUCUGGCGAACUACGACAAACCGAAACCGUUGAAAGUGCAAUUGGAACACAACAAUUACUGGCAGAAUUUGCAACAGAUUUUGGCUGAGGUGCAACAACAGCAGUGGCAACGUUUGGGUGAGAAUUAUCCAACGCCAGCGGAUGCAGUCGAGGCGUAUGAGACACGCCUACAAUAUCGUCCGGUGCAACGGCGUAUCGAUAUGUCGUGGGCGUUGUUGCAGCCACCCGAUUACGAUGCACGUUACGGUCAGGCUGUAAUGUAUGCCACAUUGGGCACACAACUGGCCGAACAGUUGGCAACGGCAUUCGAUGAGUUGCAUUGGUCGGUGGGUUUCCUCGAGCGUGAUACUUGGGAACCGUUGACAGCUUUACGAUAUCGCAAUCGCAGUGAAUGCUUUAGUAGCCACGUCGAUAACUAUUUGCAGCACAAUCAGAGUGCCACAGAGAUGCUCAUCCGGAACAGUGCCGGCUUGAAUGUGGCAUUCAAUGCGUAUCUCACGUGGCUGAACUAUCAGGCGCCAAACAAUGAUUUUAUCCGGCUCACAAGAGAAACACUGCCCGGCCUCAACUAUUCGAAUACGGCGCUGUUCUUUGUGGCCUAUGCCCAGCAGCACUGUCAGCCCAGGGAGCGGAGAGAGCGGCGGAUCGGUGGGAGACAUGAUGAUCUACUCAAUCUCACGUAUAGUCUGCGCCAGCGGCACAACUGGACAAGAUUGCGGGUGAAUGGACCGUUGAGCAAUAUGUUCGAUUUUGCUCGCGAAUUCCGCUGCCCAGCCGGUUCAGCCAUGAAUCCGGCAGUCAAGUGUUCGAUUUACUAAGUGGGCAGUAUGCAAAUCCUAUGAUUCUAACAACAAUAUUAUAAUAAAAUAAUAUAAGAAAUCCACUUUG